UCAUAGUAAUCAUAAAAAAACAACAAAUACUAAACCAUUUACUAUAAGCCUGUAUAUAAAAGUUUUUAUGAAGUAACUUUACAUGUAUUGGUUUAUCUGAUAUCAUGAUGCUAAAUUUGCAAUUCUUAACUUGAGCGGGGUAUAUAAAUGUUUUGUAAUCCAGAGUGCAGGUUGUAUUGAUUUACGAGUAUCUGUUCCGAGAGUAACAUAUAUCUUGUGGGGGUGUAAAAGUAUUAUGUACAGUUUAAAACAGCACAUAUCUUGUAUUGCGAUCACUCAGUGUAAGUGUAAGGUAAUUAUUCAAGAUGGAUAUUGAUUAUCGGAACCAAAACCCAGUGCCUAAUGAAGGGUUUUAUGAACAAGAUAUUCACUACAGCCCAAGGGAAAAUUAUGAAGAAAUGACAAUACCGAACAAAGUGGUGAAAGCAGGUAGUGGAGUGAAAAACAAUGGUAAAAAUCUUUCACCAAAGUUUUGGAAACUCCUAACAGGUCUCGUGUUUUUGUUGGUUCUCACUGUGGCUACUGUUGGGAUUUAUUACAUUGCUAACUCGAAUGCAAGCAAGCCAGUAGAGUCUUGCCCAUCACCAAAAUCAGCUGCCAUUGCUACAUCAUGUUUGAACUUGAAAAACUCAGCAGUCUCCAGUGAUGGCUAUUACUUUAUACAACCCACAGGAAGUGAUACUUCUUUCAAGGUUUUAAUUAACUGACACAAUCCAAACAUUCCACCAAUAACUUUAGUAUUAAUUUCAUACUCUUAAAAUAUUAAUAAAUCAUUAAAUUGGCCAUAAAAAAU